UUUCAAUCUUUAUUUCAAAUUAAGGCUAGCUAGCUAGUUGUUAUUCUAAUAUUGGUUUGGUUUGGUUUGCUGCGGCCAUUCUUCCUUCUUUCUUUCUCGCAUGCAUAACCAAUCAAUCAAUUGAUUAAUAUUUAUAAUUAUUUUCUCUAGAAAUUAAUUAUCCUCAUAUUUCUAGAUCAUCGAUUAUUAGAUGACGUCAUUAUCGCCGACAAAACCGUGGCUUUGGGGGCUGAGCCACCUCUACAUGACGGUGUUUCUCCACAAUUUCUCUAUGUUCAUGGUCAUUCCGGCCAUCACUGACGUCACCAUGUCGGCGCUCUGUCCCGGAGAAGAUGAGUGCUCCUUGGCCAUAUAUCUCACCGGAAUCCAACAAGCCAUGAUGGGAUUAGGGACGCUGGUUAUGAUGCCUUUGAUUGGGAACCUAUCAGACACCUAUGGAAGGAAGGCCUUGUUAACACUGCCCAUGACUCUCGCAGUCAUUCCUCUCGGGGUGCUGGCAUAUAGUAGAACGAGAAACUUCUUCUAUGGUUAUUACGUGAUUAGAACCCUAAUUGCCAUGAUUUGCGAAGGAAGUAUCAACUGUCUUGCCCUUGCCUACGUGGCAGACAAUGUACCGGAUAAUCGACGAGCACCGGUAUUUGGAAUGCUCUCCGGCAUUGGCUCCACUGCCUUCGUCUGUGGGAACCUAUCCACUCGAUUUCUCACCAUUUCUUCAACUUUCCAGGUUGCAACCAUAGUAGCAAUGAUGGGGGUCGUGUAUAUGAGGAUUUUCCUUCCGGAAUCUGCCAAGGAUGUUGGUUUUUCCACAGAUAAGGAAGAACAAUGCCUUUUAAAGAAGGGUACCUCGAAGAAGAAUUCCAAGAUGAUGAAGACACUUCCUUCAUUGGACGAUACAUUAACCUUGUUAAAAAGCAGCUUGACAUUUUCACAAGCAGCCGUGGUUGCAUUCUUUAUCAAUAUUGGAGAUGUUGGCCUUCAUGCUUCGCUCAUGUACUACUUGAAGGCAUGUUUCCAUUUCAACAAAAACCAAUUUGCCGAUUUAAUGGUUAUUGCAGGGGUUGCAGGAACCAUAGCACAGAUGCUUCUGAUGCCCGUUUUAGUUCCUGCUAUUGGAGAAGAGAGGUUGCUCUCGGUUGGGCUCUUUUUCGGCUUUUUACAUAUAUUUCUUUACAGUGUGGCAUGGUCUGCUUGGGUACCAUAUGUUGCCGCCAUGUUCUCAGUUCUGGCUGUGUUUUCAACACCCUGUUUAAGGAGUAUCGCAUCCAAGCAAGUUGGACCAUCAGAGCAGGGUAAGGCUCAGGGCUGCAUUUCUGGCAUAUGUUCGUUCGCCAAUGUGCUCUCUCCUCUGGUUUUUAGUCCUCUGACAGCCAUUUUCUUGUCUACAAAUGCGCCCUUCAAGUUUCCAGGUUUCAGCGUUAUGUGCGUGGGAUUUGCCAUGAUGGUAGCAUUCUUUCAAAGCCUCUUGAUCAGGGCUUCUCCUCCAAUUCCAAUUUCAAUAAAUAAAGUAAACAAUGAAUGCUCAGGCAAUGCUUAAUUAAUAUGAAGUAAACGAUGACGGUUGGAGCUAGUUAGUUAGUGUUCCUCAUCCAUCCAAUCUCGCACCAGUGAGUUUUUUUCCAGGUAAAAAAUAGUUUGUCCUGAUUCAAUCGAAACAAACAGUAGUAAUAGUAGUAGCAGCAGCAGAAAUUCCUCAUAGAGGUGGGCUGUGUAUUAUAAAUAUAUAUACAAGUUCCCCCUCAAGAAGAAGUUGGUGCCUCUUGAAAGUAGUGGAAAGAUGGCAAGUAGAUGAAACUUUGUAAGAAUGAAUAAAGAUAUAUAUAUAUAUAUAUAUAUAUAUUUCUUUUUUGGGUGAUAA